AUGGAAGCUUUGUCAGUGAUGAUCAAGAAGGUGAUUUCUCAUAAACGCAUAAAAGGAAUUGAGAUCGGAAAAGACGGGCUGAUUCUUUCUCAGCUCCUAUACGCAGAUGACUGCAUGAUAUUGGGAGACUGGUUGAUCAAGAAUCUCAAAGCAGUGACAAGGGUGUUACGAGUUUUCAACUUAUGUUCAGGACUAAAAAUCCACCUUGGGAAAUCCAAUCUAUACGGUAUUGGGGUGAAUCAAGAGGAUUGUGUGAGAUGGCGAAGGUACAUAAAUGAACCUGAAAGCUUAAGGAGAAAGGUCAUCGAUGCAUUACACGGCUCUAAAAGAGGCUGGAAUUUUGUACCAGCAAACAGAUAUCUUCCUGGUGUUUGGCACAACAUUGUUAAAUAUAUGGAAGCGGUGAAGGUAAACGGUUUGGGUAUUCAAAAUCUUCUUAAAGGUGAGGUGGGAAAUGGUUACGAGAUCAGAUUCUGGCAAGAUAUGUGGGUCUCCACUAAGCCUCUCAAAGUUAAAUUUCCGAAGCUUUUCACCUUGGAAAAGGAUAAAAGAGUCAAGGUUUUGGAUCGUUUUAAUGCUGAUACAGGAAAAUUUGAUAAGUUUGCUGGAUGA